CCCUCACCACAUUCAGCUCGCAGGGCUUGCCGAGAAUAGAGAUGGUCGAUGGAGGCGCGGAAUUGAAGCGACCCGCGACGUCGAUCCAGUAGCUUCAUGACUUGAUGAAGUACAGUCCAGAAGAUGGAGCCACGAGUAUAUAAGAGCCGGGACACCUCCUGUUGGAUAAGUGGACGACACCACUCAGAAGCACUCUCAAUAAGCUACAGACCCCUUCAAGCACCUGUAAAGAAGCAACAGAAGCAACGACACCAUCAACACCAUCAACACCAUGGUCCUCACAGUCAAGUCCCUCCUCGCUGGCCUCGCGGGCGCCGCUGCCGUUUCCGCCCAGUGCACUGGACCCCCAGUCAACGAUGCCACGAUUUCCCUCAUCACCGAGUUUGAGGGCUUCAGCUCUGAUAUCUAUCUUGACCCCAGCGGCUAUCCUACCGUGGGCUACGGCCAUCUUUGCGCCGAUUCGUCCUGCUCGGAUGUGCCCUACUCCAUUCCUCUGAGCGAGGCUGAUGGCCGCUCUCUGCUCCGAAGCGACGUAGCUGUUGCGCAGAACUGCAUCACCCUCGACACUGGCUCCAACGUUGUGCUCAACGCCAACCAGUACGGCGCCUUUGUCAGCUGGGCCUUCAACGUCGGCUGCGGCAACUCGGGCUCCUCCACGCUCAUCUCGCGCCUCAACGCUGGCGAGAACCCCAACACGGUGGCUGCCCAAGAGCUGCCCAAGUGGACGUACAGCAAUGGCGUCGAGUUGCCCGGCUUGGUAAGGAGGAGGAAUGCUGAGGUUGAUCUCGCGCAGACCGCCACGAGCGCCCCCGCGCUGCCUGCCUGCUCAUAAGGUCCCAAAAAGAUUUACCAACUUGAAUAGAAUAUAGCGACGAAGUUCGCCAAAUGAAUCAAUCGUGGUCUAGGCGAUGCAUGGCCGUGUGA